AUGGGACCAAGCGGGAACGAAAAGGGUCUUUGGGUCAGCCUGGGACGGUGGAAGGCGGCCCUAGCAGGGUUGAGGCCAUCCAUAGGUGGAACGGCUGUAGUGGUGCAAAUCGAGGAGCGGUACGGAUGCACACCCCUGCCCGGCCUAGGGCCACUCGGCACAUCACCCCAGAUGGAGUUAGGAUGCCCAGGACAUAGCGCAACCCCUCAGCCCGCCAGACAGAGCACGCAGUGCUGGGUGUCGCCCGUGGCUGGGCUCGGGCAGAAGAUGACAGCCUUCUUUUGGGGUGUAAGUGCGCGGAGGUUGGCCCUGCGUCACGGCCUCGGAGAUCGUUGA